GCAGUAGAGAGGACAGGGGCUGUGGUCGCAGAGAGAUUGCUGGAUGCUGUAACAGCAUGAGUGAAGCGCACCGGUCCUGCAUAGGCUUUAGUGCCCUCAGAGGGUUAGAUAGAGGCAGUGUGUGAGGUAUAGCUGGUUGGGUAACCCUAACAAAGGGUGUCCCCCUCUCCCAGCUAUUCAUAGGACUUAUAGUCAGUGGGAACUUUAUAUAAGUCAUAUCUGGUAGCUGUUCUGUGGUUCCCUCACACCCAUGGCAAAGGGAAACCUAGAAUGGACCAGUGGUUUAUGUAUUCCAUAACUGCCAACACAUUACUGGCAGGGACAAGUAGAAAAGUGCCUGGAGGGGCGUCAUCGACCCGCUGGAAAACAUCAACUCUACAUCCUAGAUUUUCCUUGAAACUAAAUAAGAAAGAUGAAUUACCAACAUCUCAUCACAUUCACAAAAGCCCGUGAAAAAUCAGAUUUUUGGGAAAAUGGCGAGCAUAGUAAGAGGAGAAGGCCACAGAUCUGUCGGGUGAAUACUACUGGGGAAGAGGCAAGAAGGUUCUAUGAGAGUCUUGUAAAUGAAAGAGAACAGUCUGCAGCAAGACCACAUUCUCGGAAGCGCAAAGUGGCACGUCGUUUGCCACCUGAAGAGCCCCGGGAAGGUGGUUCCUACCGCAGACCAACCACACCUGCUGAGGAAGCUAAGGAUGAGAGAAUGGGGCACCAACUGCUAAAGUGUUCACAACAUGGAGAUCUAAAAGGUUUAAAAAAAUUACUUGAGAAAGAACAUUGUGACAUCAAUUUUCGGGAUAGCUACUUCUGGACAGCCAUGAUGUGUUCCGCAUAUGCAGGGAAGGAGGACGUAGUCACGUAUUUGAUAGCAAGAGGCGCAGCUUGGGUUGGAGUUUGUAACACCCAAGGGAAAGAUGCGUUAAUGUUAGCAGAAGAAGCUGGGCAUCAGGACAUUGUCAAGCUCCUGCAGGAUUCCUUAACAGGACAACCAGAAGAGUCCACACCAAGGACGCAGCCAUUGGACAGAAAAUACUGUGAGGUCUGCAAGGCCCAUUACCAGGAAGACAGUGUGGAAACGCACGAACGCUCUACUGUCCAUCUGUUUAACAAGAAGAAGACGUUUCCCUCUACAUACUACGUCAUACCAGAACACAACAUUGGGUUUAAGAUGAUGCUAAAGGAAGGCUGGAAUCGGGAGUCAGGUCUUGGACCUGACGGGACUGGCAGAAAGUUCCCUGUUCAGACUGUUCUCAAGAGAGACCAAAAAGGCUUGGGCUUUAAAAGUGACCAGAAGCCCAAAGUCACCCAUUUUGCUGCCAAUGACACUUUGGCUGUAGCCAGACAGGUGACCAAGAACCCGAGAACUGAAAGAGUCGCCACUAUCAGCAAGAAAGAGGAGAGAAGGAAGGAAGUAAAAUCAAAGGCCUGGGAGCGAGAUUUGAGGACUUACAUGAAUAUUGAUCUGUAGCAAAGGGAACAUAACUUUAUCAUGUGCCUCCCUCAACAAAACAUUUUUAAUAAAUUAUGGAAUUUAA